AUGAUAGGGUCUGUCACCAAUUACCACUAUAAAACCCCUCGUCGCCAAAAUCGGAGUUGUGAUCAUUGCCGACGUUACAAGCGAGCCUGCGAUGCUGCUCUCUCUCAAUGGACGGGUUGUUCGAAUUGCUUGAGGCUGGGCAAAACGUGCACCUUUGAGAGCAUCAAUGGACACAAUCCAUCUACUAAGAAAACGAACGCCCCGCCCAAGCAUCAUGCCACUUUCAAAGAAUCUAGCAUCGAGCCCACAACCAGAACGCUCAGUGCUGGAAGAUCCAGAAAGCGCACUACAUCUUCACAAGCACAUACGGAUCAGCACUACUCGAAGAAUGAGACGGCCGCUCCAGGUCUUCCUCUUACUUCUUAUUUUGAUCGAAUUAACAGUAUUGAAGGCCUCCAUUGCCAAACCUUGACAAGACAUGACCAGGUCGAAUUCUACCCGAACGCCCCUGUACCUGAUUUUGUCGAUACAGCGACAUGGGAUUACGCGCAAGACGGGGUCUUGCAGGUUCAUUUAGAUGAAGAAAGAUCCAGUUCUCUGGAUGCGGCCGACUCUCUCUACUAUGAUCUUAGUACUGGGGCCGCACUUGAAACCCCAGCAUUCAGCUUUGAGGAUCAGAUCCUGGGUGGGGAUACCAAUGUGCCGGACAUAAGAGCAUCGACACAGGACGUACCUCGUUUCGCUCUACCAGGCCAUUAUCUGGCAGAACAAACCAACAAAGCCCUGAUCUCGACAAGCUUGAAGCAUAUCUAUUCUGACACUUUGGAAAAUGCAUUGUUGUGCUGGGUAACGGAACAAAGCUGCCCCUACAAUAAUGAAGGAAUUUUGGCAAGUCGGCCGCGGAAGCUGUUAUUUGCCAGGACGAAAACAGUCAGUAAACAUGGCAUGGUUCGUCGAAUUCAGAGACUAGACCGUGCGUCUUGUGUCUUGACUGAACGUCCUCUAACACCAAGAGAGAUUCGGCUUGCAUCCCGUGCUCUAAAUACGGUAAUAAUGGCAUUCGCAUCCCAGUGGUCCCAGCUUGAGGGUGCUAAGUCAUCAAACUUGUUCAAUGGACAUACCGGAGGACUUGGUCAACGACAUUUCCAAGAGUUUGAAGAAUUGAUUAGUGCUUCAUUAUUCGAUUUUGCUGAAACCAAACUGGCGAGUUUCGAUCGAUCACUCCAAGUGACGCUGUGGAAUGAGGCCUACCAGGCGUUGCAACAAGCCAUGGGUAUAGAUUCAUUCCAGGUUGCAUUCGCACAGGUAAUUUUUGGUUUCACGCAACGGCCGUUAUCGUCCGAAGACUUCCAACGCGUCAAGAAUUAUGGACAAGAAACCAACGACUAUUUCGGAUCAAAGACUUGUCAACCAACAGGAUCUGGCGGAGGGGUCCCGUGGAGUGACGAUGGGCACACCGAACGAUCUGUAUCAGCCUGCACUGAGAACGCGCCAGAGUUCUCCGAGACCCAGGAACUGCUAGACUUGGACAAGGACCCCCUUCACCUGCGCGACUCUCUCAUGCGACUCUCUGCUAAACGGGUAAAACUCAGUACAAUAAGGCCUCAGUCUACUAGAACGCCGAUAUUAACUGAAAAGAAUUCUCCGGACGAAAAUGAGUUUCUUGCAGAUCGAAUGACUUUUAACCAGUUAUUCUGGCUGGUGAUGAUGUGCGACACACUAUCUGCAGCGAUCAAUAAUCGUUUGCCAAUUGUAUCAGAUGAAGAUUCGAUAAUUCUGUCCGAAGAUAGAAAGAUGCACCGGACUCAAGGCUCAUUCCAUCCUCAAAACGGUGCUAUACCUAGUGCAAGAUCAUCGAACUCGAUUCCACAAGCCCGGGAUGAUACCGAGUCAGAUGUGGAAGACAACCCUUGGGGAAUGUAUUUUCUUGGGAGGCACUCCGAGGCAAAUGCAGUGGGUGCCAUGCAGUGGCCUUUCUCGAAAGAAUCGGCAAGUGUACUACUCUCAGAGGCUGCACCCGUCAAGGCUCUUCUGUAUCGAAAGGUUAAGCAAUUACAGAAUGCACAAUUCCGUCGUGCAUCGGCGAUGAAGCUUGAACAGCUAAUCCAAGGUGCGCUCAAGGUUUAUGAAUACUGGAACCAAAACUAUGGCAAGUUCAUCACCACGUGUAUACAGCAUCAUGAUGAGCUGCCACCGCAAAUUCAGUCAUGGUAUUCCGUGCUGACAAGCCACUGGAACCUAGCAUGCUACCUACUGUCCGACCUCAUUGAGGAAGUCGACCAAGCUGGAGAGACAGAUAAACGCCAUUCGGCGAUACGGAAGUCAUGUUCUCUUUUGUUCCAUAUCAAGCGGCAAAGCGCUUUCGAAAUGGGAGAUCUAGGUCGAGUUGGCCGAGUGAGGCAAGACUGCAGCUUCAGCCAGAUGAACGACUUCCAUCCGACCGUGAAUGAUGGCGCGCUUCUCACAGAGCCAUGGACGGAGAUCAUGAUUCGCUCCUUCGCCAGAGUUUCGGUGCAAUUCUUGACCUGGCUUAGUGAGAUUGACCACCCAUUAAACACUUCUUCGCAUAUGUGGGCUCCUGGAGAUCAAGACCGCAUUUACGCGAGCUUAGGCGAUUGUGUCGAAGCUCUCCUUGACCUGGGUAGGAAAUCAGACAUGGCGUUCUUACUGGCGAUCUCUUUGAAACGCAGAAUGGUUCGAUUUUCGCCAGAUUAA